AUGUCAUCAAUAGAUUUUGAUCCAGCAAUCAAACUAUGUCUGAAAUAUUUACAUUCAAGCGCUUCUGAUUCAACUGAACAACUACGUCUUACUUUAGAUGAUAGUAUUCGGCAAACAUACGGGAGUUCAAAAACUCUUGGUAAUGUUUUAUCUAAAAAAUAUCUAAAUGAGGAGAAAACAUCAUCGCCCUCACGGUCCAAACAUAAAAGCGAUAAGAGUUCCAGCUCGAAAACUAUACCGAUGCCACAACACAGUCCACAGCAAAUACAAAUACCAGAAAGAGAAGGAGAUGUUGGUGUUAUGGAUGAUGGCGAGUUGGCGUUUGAUUUAUUACAAGAGGAUUUGACUUGUGUUGUGUGUAGGCAAAUUGCAGUGCAAGCGGGUAACCGCUUGGUUGAGUGUGAUGCUUGUCAUGCCCUCUAUCAUCAGGACUGCCACAAACCGGUAAUAAGUGAUAAUGAUAUGAGUUCUGGAUGGCAUUGUGCAUCAUGUCUUACACAAGGCUUUGCAUACUCCAACAAAGUGGUUAAAUCUCCUACUCGAGUAUCUGAUUCUACUCCGGUAAAAAUAACAACCAGUGCAUCUGCAUCUUCGCCACCAUCUAAAGUAGUAACCCCUAACAUUAAUAUCAUCUCAGCAGAUAAAAGAAUACAAACAAUGAAGAAAAAAGCUGCCAAACAACAUGAGAAAAAGAAAAGUAAAUGA